AGACAAAGUUUCAAAAUUUAUAUUGUUAUCGAUUUGUCAUAAUUCGUCUGUAAGCUUUAUGUGUAAAUAUGCGCUUACGCACUGUUGAUUUAAUAUGUUAAAUUAUGUUUGGUGUCUAAUAUGGUGCCUUAGGUUUUUUUCUGAGCGAUAUAUUAAUGAAGGGAAUGUCAUGACUUAUUAAUUGCAAAAAUUGCUGCAUGGAAAAGCAUACAAAAUUUUAAACCGCCUUAUAAAAACUAUACUUUAAACAGUGCUGGAAAGCGAUAAAAAUUGGGAACUAACUUCAUACCGAUUACGUGAAUUAUCGAUAUUGAUUAAUUCAUGCAACUCUACAUCCAAACUUAACGGCGCGAAUGUAAAAUUGGCGUCGCUUGCAUUUGCUGAUCGCCGUAUCGGAAUUCUUAAAAACAAAUUUCAUAAAGAAAGCAAAACUAUAAUGGAAUCACGUUUACCUAAGCCGACAGGCCUAAAACGUCCCACGCAGGCGAUUAAGCCAAUAUUACCCACUGAGCGUAUAAAAGCGGCUACUAGUGCAAAUUUAAUAUACAGCGGCUCAACAACAAUACAGCCGCUAACGAGAGACUUGCAAAACAUUCCGCAAGCAUUAAAACAACAAGGAGCUCGAGCCACCUCGCCCGAUUCAAUGAAAUUGAGUGGACCAAACCGGCUAAAAUUGCGGCGCAGCCGAUCAGCUUGUGACAUCACCGAAUUGCGGCAGAAUCUUAAACGCACCGGUGUGCCCAAUUUGCCAACCAUUCCGACGAAAUUCCCUCGACAUGUUGGAACUUCAACAACGAGUUCGAAUUCAACUUCUACGACUCGUAUGGCCCGAGCGGGAUCAGUCCCAGUUAAGCGUAAUCCAGUAUCAGCGGCUCCGUCGACUAGUUCAACGCGUCCUUUACAGCGGGCAGCAACAGCGACAGCGACGACUAACAAAACCAAACCCUCUGCAACAGCUGCUGGUGGCGGAGGAGUUGGACCCAAGCGCAUUGCUCCUUACGAUUUUAAAGCGCGCUUUCAUGACUUACUGGAAAAACAUAAGGCGCUUAAAACGAAAUAUGAGAAGCAAAUUAAUGAAAUGGGCGAACUGGAAACGCUGCCCAUGCAACUGGAAGAGACACAAACCAAACUAAUUGCUACGGAAUCAACACUUAAGCAUUCUCAAACAGAUAACGACUGUCUGCAGCGUCAAGUGAAGCAGCAGACGGAAAAAAUUGAGAUGAUAACCAGCACAUUAGGAGAGACAAAACUGGAAUUGCAAGAUCUUAAAGUUACGCAUCAGGAAGUUAAAGCAGAGCACGAAAUCCUCUCCGCGGAGGUAUUAGAUCUGCGUAGUCGGAACGAGGAGCUCAUGCGAAGCAAUGAACAGUUGGCUGCCGACCUGAACUUAUGCAGGGAGCAGCUGUUCCAGUCGAAUAUAGAGCGCAAGGAACUGCACAACCUCGUCAUGGAUUUGCGUGGCAAUAUAAGAGUCUUCUGCCGAGUGCGUCCGCCACUUGAAUCUGAAUUGGAUCGUUUGAUGUGCAAUUGGAUAUACCAUGACGAGGCGACAGUGGAACUUCAGAGCUUAGAUGCUCAGGCCAAGAAUAAGAUGGGACAACAGUUAUUUAGUUUCGAUCAGGUGUUUCAUCCGAACUCGAAUCAAAAUAGUAUUUUUGAAAUGGUUGCUCCAUUGAUUCAAUCAGCACUCGAUGGCUACAAUAUAUGCAUCUUUGCCUACGGCCAGACGGGCAGUGGAAAGACGUACACGAUGGACGGCGUGCCCGACAAUGUGGGUGUUAUACCACGCACAGUCGAUCUACUUUUUGACUCUAUCAAAAACUAUCGCAAUUUGGGCUGGGAAUAUGAUAUAAAGGCAACAUUUUUAGAAAUAUACAAUGAAGUGUUGUACGAUCUGCUGAGCAAUGAACAAAAGGAAAUGGAAAUACGUAUGGCCAAAAAUUGCAACAAGAAUGAAAUCUAUGUGUCAAACAUAACGGAGGAAACUGUCACAGAUCCCAAUCAAUUGCGCCAGUUAAUGCAGUUGGCCAAAAUGAAUCGUGCCACAGCAUCUACAGUGGGAAAUGAGCGUUCCUCGCGUUCACAUGCGGUCACCAAGCUGGAACUGAUCGGCCGCCAUGUUGAGAAACAGGAGGUAUCUGUGGGCUCCAUCAACUUGGUCGAUUUGGCGGGCUCAGAAUCGCCAAAGACUAGCAUAAGAAUGACCGAAACGAAAAACAUAAAUCGUUCGCUCUCUGAACUAACGAAUGUGAUUUUGGCACUGCUCCAAAAACAGGAUCAUAUACCGUAUCGCAACUCAAAACUAACCCAUUUGUUGAUGCCUGCAUUAGGUGGUAAUUCCAAAACCCUCAUGUUUAUCAAUGUCUCGCCGUUCCAGGAUUGUUUUCAGGAGUCGGUCAAAUCCCUGCGCUUUGCCGCAUCCGUCAACUCUUGCAAAGUGGCCAAGGCAAAGCGCAAUCGUUUCUUGAACAAUUCCAACAACAGUAGUUGCUAAAUGUAAAAUAUUGUCGA